UUCAUUCUUCAUCAACCUUCUCAUUCUCAUUCUUAUACACACACACACAUACUUGUUCUUCAUAUAUCUCCAUUCCAUAACCAUGGCCAAUACCUGCCUUUCCCUUGCCGCUUUAUUUCUUCCUUUUCUUCUUCUCCGUUGCGCCACAGCCGCCGUCCAUGUCGUCGGAGACUCCACCGGAUGGAGGAUCCCCGAUAAUGCCCAAUUCUACACUACCUGGGUCUCCGAUAAAACCUUUCGACUCAACGAUACUCUCUCGUUCCAAUUCGCUACAGGUCAACACGACGUCGUCAAAGUGCCGAAAGCAUCAUACGAUUCUUGCAGUGAAAAUAGUAACACGCUGAAGGUCACCACCGGCCCGUAUAACUACACCCUCAAUGAAACCGGAAGCCACUACUUCAUUUGCAGCUUUGGCCAGCACUGCCAGGGCGGCCAGAAAUUAGCCGUCGUCGUCUCCGAUGCUUCGUCUCCGACAUCGUCGCCUUCUCCGACGUCGUCCACCCCCCAACCUCCUCCUCCUCCUAGUUCUGCAGCUUCUCGUGCCUUUGCUGGAUUCAUCUUCAUCGUCGCUUCCGUUGCCUUAGGGAAUCUCAUCCUCUAGGUAGAAAACUAUUACGAUGGUACGUGAUUUGAGAACGUGUGUGGAGAGCAUGAAGAGAAUUUGACAGUUCAGUUCAUAAUCAGUUUAUUGUACCGGUGAAAGUUUUUGGUAGUGUUUGUGUGUUGCUAUUCAUCCAUCUCCAUUGCUUUGUAUUAUUGAUGUCAGGUCCAGAAUAAAAUUUGAUUUUAGGUAA